GCGUAUCGUCCGGUUCAACCCUUUUUCAUCCCACCACUUCUCUCGACUGGAAAACUAACAACCAGCAUCAUGUCGUGGCGCACUCAGGGCAUGACGGGUUCGAACAACAUCCCUCUGGGCCGUCGCCGCUUUGCUGGUGACGAGCCCGAGGAUGAGAGUAGGACUGCGACUCCGGCCUCUGCUGCUGGGGACGUAGGCGUCAAGCGAGGCAGAAGCCCUGUUAGAGAUGGCAUCAAGAAGCGCAAGAAGCGCAACCGCUGGGGCGACGCGCAGGAGAACAAGGCGGCUGGGCUGAUGGGCCUCCCCACCAUGAUCAUGGCCAACUUCACCAACGAACAGCUCGAGGCGUAUACUCUACACCUCCGUAUCGAAGAGAUCAGCCAGAAGCUUCGUAUCAACGAUGUCGUUCCUGCCGAUGGUGACAGAUCUCCGUCGCCUCCUCCGCAGUACGAUAACUUUGGUAGACGUGUUAACACCAGGGAAUUCCGGUAUCGCAAGCGUCUCGAGGAUGAGCGCCACAAACUGGUCGAAAAGGCCAUGAAGACCAUUCCUAACUACCACCCGCCUGCUGACUACAGACGGCCCACCAAGACCCAGGAGAAGGUCUACGUGCCAGUGAAUGACUAUCCAGAGAUUAACUUCAGUAUGAUAACUAACCCUCUAACUCCUAACUGUCUUGCUUUUCGUCCUCAAAUGAUCUCAGGCUCGCGCUUCUGGCUAACCCUACUACUGCUGCUGCUACUGCUGCUGCUGCUUAUCCUACACACUUCUUUGCUCUACCCGUUUGAUCAAUACCGAACAAGACUAACACUUAGCGCUUCUUGCUACCUUUCCCAAAGUUGGCUUACUCAUAGGACCUCGUGGCAACACUCUGAAGAAGAUGGAGGCCGAAUCCGGCGCCAAGAUCGCUAUUCGAGGCAAAGGCUCCGUCAAGGAAGGAAAAGGUCGCUCUGACGCCGCUCACGCUAGUAACCAGGAAGAAGAUCUUCAUUGCCUGAUCAUGGCAGACACCGAGGAAAAGGUUAACAAGGCCAAGAAGUUGGUCCAUAACGUUAUCGAAACAGUAU